UACGGCGGCGGCGGCGAGAAGUGCGCGCUCUGCGCCAAGACGGUGUACGUGGCGGAGAGGGCGGUCGCGCAGGACAAGAUCUUCCACGUCGCGUGCUUUCGGUGCAAGGAGUGCAACGUGAAGCUCACGCUGUCGUCCUGGUGCAUGGACCCGUGCGGCGGGCUGUGGUGCAAGCCGCACUUCAUGCAGGCGCUCAAGACGUCUGGCGGCACUCUGACUAUCAUGCGCUCUUCGUCGUUCGGCCGGUUCGGCGGCGGCGGCGAGAAGUGUACGCGCUGCAACAAGACCGUGUACGCGGCCGAGCGCGUGAGCGCCAAGGAUCAGGUCUUCCACAACACCUGCUUCCGCUGCAUCGAGUGCAACAUCAAGCUCUCGCCCUCCAACUGG